AAAAACAUAUAAAACAACAUUACAAACUUGAUUUUCACCACAGGGGGUCUUUAAAAGCUUUAAUUGUCACAUGCGCAUUCGUUAGUUAGUAAACAAACUCAAAAAGGCGGAACUUCCCAUUUUUCAGAUGCCAUAUUUCUCCCUUUCCUUUCUAUACAAGUGAUCCGCCUCCUCCCCAUUAUAAUGUCUCUGGUACAGUAUAAGUAGCCUAUUACAGAAUAGGGCAACAAUGAGGAUCCAUUUGAGAUACAAGGGUAAUCUGUUUUCCAGCUGUCUCUAACUAGUGAUGCACACUCUGUUGUCUGAGCCGCUGCGCCUACCUGGUUCUUCCUGCUGUUGUUGAUUGUUCUAGAUGUCUUUGAAGGGAAGCAAACAACACCUAACUCAACAACUGGCACAACAACAGAGAAUGCUACAGAACUGGCACAAUCAUUUUUGCAACAAGUCAGAAAUUGAAUGACAAGAAAGCAGAGAGAGGGGGCUAUUGUUUGAACUGUGGGGGUAACAUGGUGAACAGGGAAAUGGGCUUGACAGACCAGAUAGAGCAGUGGCAUCCACUCAGAAUGCAGCGCACACCUGCCUUUCCUACCUGGAAAAGUGAAUCAUGGGAUGUGGUCCAAUGUUAUGCCACCUCAAGAGUGUUCGUGAACAGAAGUCUGGCCAUGGAAAAGAUUAAAUGCUUCGGCUUUGACAUGGACUACACUUUAGCAGUAUACAAAUCACCUGAAUAUGAAUCUUUGGGCUUUGAUCUGACUGUGGAACGGCUGGUCUCCAUUGGCUACCCACAGGAACUGCUCGGUUUUGUUUACGACCCCACUUUUCCUACAAGAGGUCUCGUGUUUGACACCAUGUAUGGCAACCUCCUAAAGGUUGAUGCUUACGGAAACAUCCUGGUCUGUGCCCAUGGCUUUAACUUCCUGCGAGGCCCUGACAUCCGAGAGCUAUAUUCAAACAAGUUUAUCCAGCGGGAUGACACGGAACGCUUCUACAUCCUCAACACACUUUUUAACCUUCCAGAAACCUACCUCUUAGCCUGCCUGGUUGACUUCUUCUCAAACUGUGACCGAUAUUCCAGUUGUGAAACAGGCUUCAAGGAUGGAGACCUCUUCAUGUCCUUCAAGAGCAUGUUCCAAGAUAUCCGAGAUGCUGUAGACUGGGUACAUUUUAAGGGAACAUUGAAGGAGAAAACAGUGGAAAACCUGGAGAAGUAUGUUGUGAAAGAUGCAAAGUUGCCAUUGCUGCUGAGCCGCAUGACUGAAGUCGCAAAAGUUUUCUUAGCCACCAACAGUGACUACAAAUACACAGAAAAAAUUAUGACAUACUUGUUUGACUUCCCCCAUGGCCCAAAGCAUGGCACUCCACACCGUCCUUGGCAGUCGUACUUUGACCUCAUCCUAGUAGAUGCUCGAAAGCCUUUAUUUUUUGGAGAGGGAACGGUUCUGAGACAGGUGGAUACGACCACAGGGCGGCUGAAAAUAGGAACAUACACUGGACCAUUACAACAUGGCAUUGUUUACUCUGGAGGUUCCUCUGACACUGUGUGUGAUUUACUUGGAGUGAAAGGGAAGGAUAUUGUGUACAUUGGGGAUCAUAUUUUUGGAGAUAUUCUUAAGUCCAAAAAGCGACAGGGUUGGCGGACGUUCCUGGUGAUUCCUGAAUUGGCGCAGGAGCUGCACGUGUGGACAGACAAAAGCUCUCUGUUCGAGGAACUGCAGGGCUUGGACAUUUUCUUGGCAGAACUAUACAAGCAUUUGGACAGCAGCAGCAAUGAGAGGCCAGAUAUCAGUGCCAUUCAGAAAAGAAUGAAGAGAGUUACUCAUGACAUGGACAUGUGCUACGGGAUGAUGGGAAGCCUGUUUCGCAGUGGCUCUCGGCAGACACUGUUUGCUUCUCAGGUGAUGCGUUAUGCUGAUCUGUAUGCUGCCUCUUUCAUCAACCUGCUCUACUACCCCUUCAGCUACCUGUUCAGAGCCGCCCAUGUUCUGAUGCCCCAUGAGUCCACAGUGGAGCACGCCCAUGUAGACACCGAGACCGAGUCUCCUCUGGCCACACGCAAUCGCCACUGUGUGGACUGCAAGGACAUCGACUGCAAAAGAAACCAGCUCACACGCUCUAUUAGCGAAAUCAAACCGCCCCACCUGUUCGCUCAGCCGCCACAGGAAAUCACACACUGCCACGAUGAGGAUGACGAUGAAGAGGAGGAGGAAGAAGAAGAGGAGGAAGAGUAGAUGUUUCGGCCUAUUCUAGGGUAAAGAUACAUAGGACGAUGAUGAGAGAGUGGUGAUGAUGGUGAUAUCGAGUGAGGUAGAAAAGGAUGUGCGAAGUAGACUAUAAUUGCCAAAUCAAGCUCAAAAAGCUGAUGUUCAUAGUAGAGUUCAGUUCACCCUCCAGUAACAAUGACUAAAAAGAAUGAACGAAAGUUUGUUCAAAACUUGUUGGAUGGUAUCUGGAAUCGUUUAUCAGUCACUAUAUAAGCACAUGUGAUAAACUUCCAAUGGAAAAAAACAGCGGAAGGACACUCAUGAGUUUACAUGAGACUGUCAUGUAUGUAUCAUACAUGUAGCAUGUUGGCUAAAUCUGGCAUUAACUUGCACACAAAGACUCGAACUCCGUUAGGAUGAGUGUUUAACUCAGUAAUUGGAUCCUUAAGGGUACUCAAUUUAGUUUUUAGGUAUGUUAUAGUCAGAUUUUUACUAUUAUUUUAUAAGUUUAGACAACUUUUGAGUUGCCAGUCCAUCCAGUCAGAUUAACUUGGUUACUACCUCCUGCAAAGGCUGUAUACAAUAAUUGUCCCUUCGAAAAAAAUGUUCGUGUGUGUAUUUUGGCAGAGUGUCUGUGUUGAAGUUCUGGAUGUGUCGGGAAUCUAAAUGAAGCACAGAAAAAACGAAGCAUGGUUCAUUGUGACGUGCAUGAGGAAAUGCGGCCAACACAAAAAUCCAGUUACUUGGCAACAGCAUGUAGCCACUUUUUUUUUCUUUUUUUUUAGAGGUUCGCUGUUAACCUCUUGUUUUUCAUCCUUUUUAAUGCAGACGUUUUAGCUAAAGCUAGUGCUACAGUGUAGCGAACAGAUGCCUGCCCAAAAUGAUUCCAAACACACACAGACACUUCAUUUCAACACCUAUUUUAAACCGUCACGAUGUCACAUUAAACAGUGACAUAUUGUAUUUUUAUUCUCCUUUAUGAGCUAAACAGAACGGUUUAGUUUUAUUUUAGUUGUGUCUCAUAUGUUGCCUGAGAGAUGCAAUUCAUUCUAACAUCAUAUACGUAGACAGUAAGUGACCUUCAUAUGCAAAAAUGAAACUUAUUUAACUGUUUUAUGGCCUGAGCAGCAUGUCGAGAUGUAUCAGUCAUUGAGAAAAUAGUAAAAUGAAGUUAACAGCUGGGCAUUCUGAAACUGAGAAAGAGAGUGCUGUUGCUCUAUGGAAAUGAAUGUAAUCCUGGCUAAUGUGUGAACUCUGUUGAUGGUUUACUCCCAUGUGGACCAAAAUGGUGUCGAGAAAUUGGGUUCGAUUUAGCUUGAAGGGUCUCAUUAGACACUUUUAGGUGUCCCCACAGGAAGUGUGUGGAGUUUUUAAGAAGCAAAUGUGAUUCUUGAGUGUUACGGUGAGACGCGGUUUUAGCGCUGGGAAGUGUUCCAAGUGCACGGAACAGGUAUUAGGAUGGUUGGUGUGACUUAUGCAUUAUUCAAAGAUAAUAGUAGGUAGGCUCUGAUUUAAGUAAGCUACCCAAUCCAUAGUGUAACAUGUAUGACUCGUAUGCAUAUUGUAACUGUUUGUCCUUUUCUUUUUAUUUCAGAGAAUGUAGUUUUUCAUGGGUCUGACUGUCAGUUUUUAAAAGGGAAGUACAAGUAGGUCUUAUAUUAUAAAGUUUUGUGGUUAAGCACAAAAAAAAAUAGUUUUCUAGGUUUUCAAGCGUGUUUCAAGGAACCAGUUAAAUAAGUAUAGAGAUAUUUUGAAAUGUACAAUGCAUAUUUUAUCUGUGUCUAUUUCAGUUUGUAGUUUAAAAACCUAAAAUGGAGCAGCUCUUGUUUUUGGUCCCAGUCUUUAGUGUUUGUCCUUCAAGAUCCAGCAUUUCUCUUUCCUCUGUUUUCAUUCGCUUUUUAUACAAACUCAGCAUUGUAUGUAAUAUGGCUCGGCUCCCUGGAUAUGGAUUAAAACUAGUCCUGGGCUAAUUUGCAGUGGUGUCGGCUGUUGUCCUUUUUAGUUGUCUAUGCAAGGGACACUGGCUUAGAUUAUAUUUAAGAAUAAUGUAAUAGAAAAGGCAUCGAGUUUAAACAGUAUUCAUCCAAUUAUCCCAGUAGCCAUUGCAUACAUCUGUUUCGACCAGUGUUUUCAUAUUAUAUUUUGCCAUAGUUUACAGUUGCCAUCACUUAUAUACUGUAUACAAUUACCAAUAUACUGAGUUUUUCCUUUGUAUUUUUUACCUUUUUCCUAAUUUCUGAAAUCUAUUUUUAGUUCAUGAUGUUUUUUUGUGUGAUUUUAUUAUCUUUCAGGUGCAAAACGGUUGCAUCUGUAAGAGAUCAAGAGCAAAAUAGCCAUGGCAUUUUAUUAAUCUUGUUUCUUUUCUUUUGCUUUUUGUUGUCGUUUGUUUGUUUAGGGCAUGUGAUUUUGUCUCCAAAUUUUAAUUUUGCUUCCUGAAUUAUAAUAGUUUCUGAUUUAUAGAGUUCUAAACCUAUACAAAUGGGAGAUUGCAUUGCAAUGUAAAAUAAAUAUCAUUUUCCUUAAUAAAUUCA